CUGGGAGCAUGCGAACCAUCUAUAAGUACCGCCGGCGUGUGUCGGCAGCUGAGCAGACUCGCCUGGCGGAACAGCAGCUUUGGAGCACGCCCUAAUAACGCAGUGAUAACAAGUGAGAUCGGUGGGACGCGCGCCCUCCCCUCGCUCCUUCGUGACUAUCUCCCGGUUUAUUUUUUUGUUCACGCGCACUUUGAGAUUGAUCUGAACAUUGACUCUCGGUGACCCUUGGUGAAAAUAUACGAUUUUUUGUCGUCGCUUUCGAGAAGGAUAUACAUUUUUUUUUCUCGUGAUUCGAGAAGGCAUAUUUGUCCAUCAUGCCUGCCGACACACUGGAGAAGCAGACGGUGUCCCCUAUGGCGGGCUCCCCCGCCACCGGAGCGCACACCCCGGACAAACCCAAAAACGCUAGCGAGCACAGAAAGUCAUCCAAACCGAUCAUGGAGAAGCGACGCAGAGCGCGGAUCAACGAGAGCCUUGGUCAACUCAAGACGCUCAUUCUAGACGCGCUGAAAAAAGAUAGCUCCAGACAUUCAAAGCUGGAGAAAGCCGAUAUUCUGGAGAUGACCGUGAAGCACUUGAGGAAUCUGCAGCGCGUCCAGAUGAGCGCAGCUCUGUCGACCGACGCCACCGUCCUCAGCAAGUACCGCGCUGGAUUCAACGAGUGCAUGAGCGAGGUCACCCGCUUCCUGUCCACCUCCGAGGGGGUCAACACCGAAGUGAGGUCGCGGCUCCUCAACCACCUGUCCGGCUGCAUGGGCCAGAUGAUCGGCAUGAACUACCCCGGCCAGCAGCUACCCAGCCAGGCGGCGCACCUCGGGCAACCCCUCCACGUGCAGCUCCCCUCCACGCUGCCCCUCACCGGGGGAUCCAUGGGCUGCACGCUCAGCCCCACCGAGGCGCUCUCCCCCAAGGUCUUCGGGGGCUUCCAGUUGGUGCCCGCGAACGACGGACAGUUCGCCUUUUUGAUACCCAACCCGGCCUUCGCGUCCGCCACGGCCCCGGUCAUCCCCCUGUACGCGAACACGGGGGUGCCCAUGGCGAUCACCGCGAGCCCCGUGCACGGAAGCUCGGCACCGACCGCGGCCUCUCCGGUCCACGGCAUGACCUCCUUCGCCAACGUCCCGCGCACGGUCAGCCCGGUCGGGGUCAGCAGUGGGUCGGAGAGCAACGAGCCGGUUUGGCGGCCGUGGUAGCGCGAGCCCCGUCCGCCCGUUGCCCCAGACCCCCAAAAGGACAAGAGACGCUUGAAACUGGGUUUCAUUAGUUGAUAUUGUUUCGUUUUAUGGAACACCGUGGCCUUUGUUGAGCAUGGCAAACUGUUUCUAUUUUUAUUGUCUGCGUCCAACAUUUGGACGUCAGUGAUAAAUAGGAUUGUACAUGCAAUGUAAGAUUUAUAGACAUGUUUGAAGUACUUUUUAUGAAAAGAUGUAGUUUUGUACAAAGUUGUUAUAAUACCAAAGCUGUGUUUUAUUCAUUGUUGUUUCAUGACGGAAAAAAAGAAUUUGGGAAAUUACCCAUUUUUACAAAUAAAUCAGAUCUCUGAAUUUACAUUUUAA